AUGUCUUCAAAUGAAAAACAAACUUCAAAUAAUGAUGAUGAUUCAACUGAAGCAAUAGAACAAAAAAAAUUUCAAUCUCGUCCUGAAACAUAUAAUGGUGCUGAUCGUGAUCUUUAUUGUUGGACACAAACUAUUAGUGAUAUUGAUGUUCGAGUUAAAAUUCCAAAACAUAUAAAAAAAGGUAAACAAAUCAAAGUUAAUCUAACAAAACAACAUAUAAAAAUUGAUUUAAUUGAAUCAAAUGAAAUAAAAACAAUAAUUGAUAGUGAUUUACCAUGGACAAUACGAGCUGAAGAUUCAACAUGGAGUUUAGUACCUGGUGAACAUAUUCAUGUAAAUAAAUAG